AUGGCAAAGGGGAAGAAGACGAAGACGGCAGAGAAGCAGGCUCGCACACUAGCAAAACAAAGCAAGAAGGCCGCCAAAGGAGAAAAGAAGGCUAAGCUGAAAGACGCCAAUCGAGAUGAUGACAGCGACGCAGAAGAUGUGGACAUAGAUGCGGUACUGGCCGCUUACGCUGAAGAACAGGCCAAGUUUCUGAAGGUAACCGAGGAGCUAUGUGAGCCUCCUUCUCCUCGCUCAUCAAGUACCAUAUUAGCUUCACCCUCUAAUCGAAACGAACUCUUUCUGUUUGGAGGUGAGUACUACGAUGGUACGACGGCACAGUUCUUCAAUGACCUUUUUGUCUAUCUGAUCGACCGGGGCGAAUGGCGUCAAGUGAAGAGUCCGAACAGUCCUCUGCCACGAAGUGGUCAUGCUUGGUGUCGUGGAGGAAAUGGAGGCGGAAUCUAUUUAUUUGGUGGCGAAUUUUCCUCGCCAAAGCAAGGCACAUUUCAUCAUUACAACGAUUUCUGGCAUCUUGACCCUGCAUCGAGAGAGUGGAGUAGGAUCGAGAGCAAGAAGCAGGGGCCUUCAGCUCGAAGUGGACACAGAAUGACAUAUUUCAAGAAUUUCGUUGCUCUAUUCGGUGGUUUUCAGGAUACUUCUCAACAGACCAAGUACUUGCAGGACCUUUGGAUCUAUGAUUGCCAGAAAUACAUCUGGCAUGAAUUGAAAUUAGCUCCAGCCUCGCAAAAGCCCGAUCCUCGUUCUUCUUUCUCUUUCCUUCCACAUGACAAGGGUGCCGUUCUCUAUGGCGGAUACUCUCGUAUUAAAACCACGUCGGCACCUGGAAGACAGGGUAAAGCUAGUGGUCCGCAACGUAACAUCCUCAAACCAGUAAUCCAUCAAGAUACAUGGUUCCUGCGGAUCGCCAUAUCAGACUCAGAUAACGUCGUGGACACAGGCCCUUCCAUACGAUGGGAGAGGAGAAAGAAGCCGGCAAAUCCACCUAACCCAGCUCGAGCGGGAGCGACGAUGGCAUAUCACAAAGGCCGAGGUAUCCUUUUCGGUGGUGUUCACGAUGUUGAGGAAAGUGAAGAAGGCAUAGAGAGUGAAUUUUUUGAUGCGUUAUUUGCCUGGAAUUCUGACCGGAACCGCUUCUUUCCCCUGACCUUGAGACGGCCGAAGACGACAUCUAAAAGACAGCAAACAACAUCGAACCGUGCUCGAGACAGGGGCAAGGCUGAUGAAGAGGAGUUGCUCCGAAAUCUUGCCGCUUUAGAGACCAGAGGUUCUAUUGCAGUCACGGAAAGCAUCGAGAUGGAGGUCGACCGAGCUCCUCAAGAUGAAGUUGCGCCGCCGAAGGAAGCAAUAGUCCGCUUUGAGCUUCCGCGCCGUCGCUUCAAUGCACAGUUGACGGUACAAGACGAUACUUUGUUCAUCUUCGGAGGCACGUUCGAAAGAGGUGAUCAGGAGUUCACCUUUAAUGAUAUGUACAGCAUCGACCUUGUCAAGUUAGACGGCGUGCGAGAGGUUUUCUUCCGCGAACCAGAUAACUGGGCCACAAAGAUAGAGGAUGAGCAAGACAGCGAAGAUGAAGAUGAUGGCCCAAGCUCUAGUGAAGACGGAGAUGAUGAUGACACUAUGUCGAUUGACGCAGCCUCGACUGCGCCCACAGAAAUCUCCAUGCCGUCCCGAGAGUCCAUGCUCGCUAUAGAGGUUGAAGAGGAGACCAGUGCAGAAGAUGAUCCUAGGCCAUUUCCACGACCAUUUGAAAAUCUCCGAGAGUUCUUUGCAAGAACCUCAAACGAUUGGCAGUCGCUGCUGCUAUACAACAUGAAAAAUAGUGGCUUAGGCGUGGGGCACGACUCGUCUGUCAAGGAGCUGAGAAAGAAGGCUUUUGAGCAGGCGGAAGAACGAUGGUGGGACUGCAGAGAAGAAAUUCGGGCUCUCGAAGAUGAGCAGGAAGAGGCAGGCAUUGGCGAGGUUAUCAGCAUUGCCGAGCGAGGAGCAGAAAGCGGAGCAGGCCGGCGUCGUUGA